AUGUCUGUUUCGUUACGUCCAUUAGUUGGUAUUGCUGUACUUGCUGUUUAUCCCAAUCGUUAUCCUAAUUGUGUACUUAUCUCUCAACGGUUGGCAAGUCAUGGCAAAGGUGGACAUCAACUACCGGGUGGUCAUUUGGAAUACGGUGAAUCAUUCGAAGAAUGUGCACAAAGAGAAUUGAAAGAAGAAACAAAUCUUUCUGCUUCGUCAUUUCGAUUAGUUCAUGUAACAAAUACGAUCUUUUCACAAAAAGAUGGACAAUCGAAGCACUAUGUAACACUUUUCAUGAAGACAAUUCUCGAUGACGAUUCAACGUUGAAAUGUAUGGAACCGGAAAAGAAUUCCGAAUGGGCUUGGACAAAAUGGCAUGAUCUGAAAACAAAGACACUUUUUGCACCUCUGGAACAAGCUGUCCAUGAUUCCAGUUUUGAUCCAUUCGCUGACUAA